AUGUCUCCCGUUUCACUCGCCCAGACGCCAGCCGCGCCAGCCGCGCCAGUGAAGACCGCGCGCGCACGUGACGCGCACGUGGCCAAGCAGCUCGAGAGCGUGCGUCCCAAGUCGUCGCCCGUGGGCGACAACGACGACCUGGUGCUCACCACGUACCCUGAGGACUCGCAACCAAUCCCUCUGGCGUGGGGCGCCGCGGCGCCCCAGACCAGGGGCCCGGUCGUUGCGUCGCACUACCGCGACGGGCUCGUCAAACACAACAGCAUCGGCGCGCAUUCCGGCCAGUACUGUGUGUACCACGCGCUAGCCGUGGGCUCCAAGCAACUGGACCCCAACCACGUCGCCGACUACACCAACUCGCAACCGGCGUUUUCGGUUCCAGAACAAAAGUCCUGGUACAACAAGACGGAUAUCGUGGCCAUGGACCCACUGGGCCAUCUGACGCCUUACCUGUUCGACGAGGCGUCCAAGUCCGAAAACGUCGAUAUCAGACCCACCAUCGCCAUCACCAAGGCUACCAUGCAGCUGCUCGAGCUGAAGGACGCCGUGGACAACAACCGCUUGCGGGUCGACGGCCGCGUGGUGCUCAACAGCAGCGGAGACGUGAGCGUUUCCAAAGUCGCGGUCGAGCCCGUGUGGUAUUUGCCCGGGGUCGCGGAGCGUUUCGGCGUCUCCGAAAACGAGCUCAGAAGAGCUUUGUUCAAGGACACCAACGGCAUGUACCCGGAACUCAUCACCAGGCCUGACAUCAAAGUGUUCUUGCCUCCCAUUGGCGGUUUGACCGUUUACAUUUUCGGAGACCCGGCUUUCGUUUCGGAUCCUUCCAAGAAGCUUGCCCUCAGAGUGCACGACGAAUGUAACGGUUCCGACGUGUUUGGUUCCGAUAUCUGUACUUGCCGUCCGUACUUGAUGUUUGGUAUCGAAGAGGCCGUCAAAGAGGCCCAAAACGGUGGUUCCGGUGUUGUGAUUUACUUCCGUAAAGAAGGUAGAGCUCUUGGUGAAGUCACCAAAUACUUGGUUUACAACGCUCGUAAGAGAGGUGGUGAUACCGCCGACGAAUAUUUCCACAGAACUGAAUGUAUUGCCGGUGUUCGUGACAUGCGUUUCCAACAGCUAAUGCCCGAUGUUCUUAAAUGGCUCGGAAUCACCAAGAUUGACCGUAUGUUGUCCAUGUCCAACAUGAAGCAUGACGCUAUUGUCGAACAAGGUAUCCCCAUCAUUGAGAGAAUUCCAAUUCCAGAUGAGUUGGUCCCACCUGACUCCCGUGUCGAGAUCGAUGCUAAGAUCAAUGCUGGAUACUUCACCAACGGUAAAAUUAUGAACCAAGACGAGUUGAAGAACGUUCAAGGUAGAACCUGGAAUGACGUAGUUUAA